AUGGAUCGUCUACGUGGGAUAGCUGCCCGGUUCGCAGAUCCGAUAAUUGUUCGUGCCUGUAUCAGGGGUAGAAGUGGUCCAGGUCUCCGUAAUCCAUCAAGACAAGAUGGGGCUGAGCCGGCGGACGGGAGGGGACCAUGCUUAUACAGAUUACAGGGACCCCCUCCUCGUAGCCAUUGUGGAAUCCCAGCGGCCAGUGCCCAGCACACAAUCGAAGCAGCUGUGCUGACUGGCGACUGUGUAGAACAAUCCCGAGUCCACCUGACAGCGAGGGCGUCGAAAUUGGAUCUGCACGACGCACAUACGGUAACCAUAGGCCGGCCGACAGCAGAGUGGGUCGGGGUCGAGGAGGGGCAGGUCAUGUUAGAUGCCCGACCCUGGGCCGCUAUUGGAAGCCCAGUACUAACGGAGGAAUGUGACACUGUUCCACUCUCGGUGUUCUCGUCACACAUGCCCCUCUUUUGA